UCUCACAAGUAAAUUCAUCCCUCAAAAAUCAAGAUUCUUUGUUCCGUUUUUCCAUCAAAACUCCAGCCCCAAAUAAACAAAUCAUAGCCUGAAUAAACACAAGAAAACAAUAAUAAUGGCAGUAAGAGCUCCAAUAACAUGGAUAAGCAUGACUUCUUCUUCUACGGUGAAUACCUCUUCUUCGUCUUGCAAUAGAGGAGUGAUUAUCGUGAAGGCACAAGUUUUAGGACCAUCUUUCUUUGGUAAUGGAGUGGGGACUUCAAAAGUUUCAGGAAUACAGCUAUCUUAUUCAAGUAGAUCCAGAUGUAAUAGUCAUGGUGGGGGUGCCGUUGGUGCUCGGAUGAACCUUUUUGAUCGAUUUGCUAGAGUUGUCAAGUCAUAUGCAAAUGCUGUAAUAAGCUCUUUUGAAGACCCAGAGAAAAUUUUGGAACAAUCUGUGAUUGAGAUGAACGAUGAUUUGAUUAAGAUGCGUCAAGCUACAGCGCAGGUUUUGGCUUCACAGAAGCAAUUGGAGAACAGAUAUAAAGCUGCACAACAAGCUUCUGAAGAGUGGUAUCGUAAAGCACAACUUGCUCUUGGAAAAGGUGAAGAGGAUCUUGCUCGUGAAGCUCUUAAACGUAGAAAAUCUUAUGCGGACAAUUCAAAUGCCUUGAAGGCUCAGCUUGAUCAGCAGAAGAGUGUAGUUGAUAACCUUGUCUCAAAUACACGGCUUCUAGAAAGCAAAAUACAGGAAGCAAAGUCCAAAAAAGAUACUCUAAAAGCACGUGCUCAGUCUGCUAAGACCACAACGAAGGUAAGUGAAAUGUUGGGGAAUGUAAAUACAAGCAGUGCUCUGUCAGCUUUUGAAAAGAUGGAGGAAAAAGUUUUGACAAUGGAAUCUCAGGCAGAUGCUCUUAAUCAGCUGGCCGGUGAUGAACUUGAUGGAAAGUUUGAAUUAUUAGAGAGUUCUUCGGUUGAUGAUGACCUUGCCAACUUAAAGAAAGAAUUAUCCGGAAGCACAAAGAAGGGAGAGCUUCCGGCAGGGAGAACACGUGUUGCCAGUACAAGCUCAUCAUUAAAGUUUCAAGAUCCUGAAAUCGAAAAUGAGCUGAAUGAACUGAGGCAAAAAGCCAAAGAAUACUAGUAAGGAUUCUUGACUUCGAAAAUCUGGUUUUCUGCAUGAGAACAAGAAGGUUUAUGCUUUUCAGCUGCGACCUUCGAUUAAGGAUUAAAGAACACGAUGGAAUUCAUAUCAUUCGUCUUCAUGUACAUGGUUAAAACUGCAUUGCAGUGUAGAGUUUGUAUAUUUACUACAUGCUCUUGAUGAUUAGGUAACUUGUAAGCUUCUAUACAAAUUUUAUUUGCUCCUAGACUCGUUUACGAGUCAUUCUAUCUUUAUUAUAUACAGUAUUAUGCAUUGGCUCCAAAUUUUUUUU